AUGUCCGAGGAGCUGGCUCCAGGCCCCAAGGAGAGCCCGCCAGCCCCGCGGCCCGGCCCCCGCGAGGUGUGGAAGAAGGGCGGCCGCCUGCUGUCGGUGCUGCUGGCGGUGAACGUGCUGCUCCUCGCCUGCACGCUGAUCAGCGGCGGUGCCUUCAACAAAGUGGCCGUGUACGACACCGACGUGUUCGCGCUGCUCACCACCAUGAUGCUGCUCGCCGCGCUCUGGAUCCUUUUCUACCUGCUGCGCACUGGGCGCUGUCCCGACGCCGUCCCCUACCGCGACCCACACGCCGGCCCCAUCUGGCUCCGAGGUGGGUUGGUGCUGUUUGGUAUCUGCACUCUUGUCAUGGAUGUCUUCAAGACUGGCUACUACUCCAGUUCCUUUGGGUGCCAAUCUGCCAUCAAGAUCCUGCACCCCCUCAUCCAGGCUGUGUUUGUCAUUGUCCAGACUUACUUUCUCUGGGUCUCUGCUAAAGACUGUAUUCAUGUCCACCUGGAUCUGACCCGCUGUGGUCUCAUGUUUACGCUCACCACCAACCUAGCCAUAUGGAUGGCGGCCGUGGUGGAUGAAUCGGUGCACCAGGCCCACUCCUACAGCAGCGCUCAGAGCAACACCAGCCACACCCGCCUCGCCCCUGACCCUCAGUCUGUGUCCCUCUGUUCCCAUGCAGGCAGCUCGGUUGGAGGAGACUCCUGCCCCUGUGAUGCAACCAUCUGCCAGAUCUUCCAGCAGGGCUACUUCUACCUGUAUCCCUUCAACAUCGAGUACAGCCUCUUCGCCUCCACCAUGCUGUACGUCAUGUGGAAGAACGUGGGCCGGCUGCUGGCCUCCUCCCACAGCCACGGCCACACGCCAUCCCGGGUCAGCCUCUUCCGGGAGACCUUUUUCACAGGCCCGGUCCUGGGCCUGAUGCUGUUUGUGGUGGGGCUAGCCGUCUUCAUCAUCUAUGAGGUACGAGUGAGUGGGGAGAGUGGCCAGACCCAGCAGGCCCUGGUCAUCUACUACAGCUUUAACAUCGUCUGCCUGGGGCUCAUGACCCUAGUCAGCCUGGGCGGCUCGGUCAUCUACCGCUUUGACCGCCGGGCCAUGGACCACCACAAGAACCCCACACGCACCCUGGAUGUGGCCCUGCUGGUGGGGGCCACCCUGGGCCAGUACACCAUCUCCUACUUCUCCAUUGUGGCCGUGGUGGUGGGCAUGCCCAGGGACCUGCUGGGGGGCCUCAACCUCACCCACGCCCUGCUCAUGAUCGCCCAGCAUACCUUCCAGAAUUUGUUCAUCAUCGAGAGCCUCCACCGGGGCCCGCCAGGGGCCGAGCCUCAGGAUACCCCACCCAAGGAGCCCUGCCAUGGCCUGACUUUUGCCAACUCGGAUGCCCUGCACAGCUUACCCGCCUGCCCACCCACUCCCAGGCUGGUGGACCCCAGCCCCGCAGGCCCUCAGGAAGCAGUGGACAUCACCUUGGUCCCCAGGGACCACUGGAGACGCCGGUGCCUGAAGGACAUUUCUUUGUUUCUCCUGCUCUGCAAUGUCAUCCUGUGGAUCAUUCCUGCCUUUGGCGCCCGGCCUCACUUCAGCAACACGUUGGAGGUGGAGUUCUACAGCUACACCCUCUGGGCCGCCAUCGUCAAUAUUUGCCUUCCCUUCGGCAUCUUCUACCGCAUGCACGCCGUCUCCAGCCUGCUGGAGGUCUACGUGCUGUCCUGA